AUGAAGACCACCGCUCCAAAAGACUUUACCAUCAAGCCCGCGUCCGGUUCAAUCCGCCAGGGAGAGUUCCACGAUGUGCAGAUCACGCGAAAGUCACCGGAAGAAGGAGGAAGUCCUGACAGCAGCAAGAAGGUCAAGUUCCUCAUUCAAGCAGCUGGUGUGACAACGCAAGCCCAGAAGCUCCUUUUAUAUGCCGCUGAUAAAGGCAAAGCUGCGGGCAGGACAAAGUUUUGGGACAGCAUCCCCAAAGAGGAUCUCCAAGAGCAGCAGCUACCGGUGAAGAUGCCAACCGAAGAGCCUGAAGAGUUCGAAGACGCGUUGGAGGUGCCGUACAAUGCGGAGCAGUCCGCAGAUGCCACCAGAAGUGAGCUAUGGAAAGCCCGCAAGGCAAGAUCUCAGGGGGUCCAGGAGCCGGCAGAGGCCCUGUCGAAGCUUUCGAGGCUGCAGCUGCGGUCCACAGCAUUUCUCUUUCAGCUGCCACAGCCAGCCGGAGAAGCGGUCAAAAACGAUCUCUGGCAGGUGCCACAUAGCAAAGGGCGCAAGGGCGAUGGUCGCGGGGAGACCACGGAGGCCAUCACGAUGCAACGGGGGAUUAACAACUCGGGUUUCUCCAUGCUGUCUUGGUCAGGGAAGCUCACAGACCAAGACGUUGACGACAUCGUUGGGCGAAUGACCAAAAUUGGACCCGACGGCAAGCCAGUUGUGCAGGUUGUAAGGCCACCUGGUCCCACACCUCCGGGCUUUGAAGGUCCGGAGCCGGCAACUUCCUCUCCGUCUUUAGGACCAUGCCCUGCUCCAGAUGUGCCAAUGUUGCCAGCAGAGCGCAAGCCUUUGCAAUUGAACACGGUCCACAAGGCUCAACGGCACGACGUUGUGCUUCAGGGCCAUUCGCGCCCAGUCACCUACGUGGCUUUUGAUGCACCGGGGAAAACUCUGUACACUUGCGGCAAGGACAAGCUUGUCAUUGCCUGGAGUGUGCCGGACGGUGAGUGUCUCCGCAAGUACGAAGGACACAGGGGGGCUGUCUGGGCUUGCUCCCUCAACAACGACGAGGGACUGCUGCUGACCUGCGGCGCAGACAACUUCGUACUCCUAUGGGAGGCGGGCGCACUGUUCAGUCUGAUUGGCAACGUGGAAAUGCCGGGAGUGGUGCGAUGUGUGGAAUGGUCACAUGGGCUUUGUUUGCGCUUCGCUUGCUGCUGCAACGGCUUCAAGGCGAAGCCAGCAGCUGUAGGCGUGUUCGAGCUCUCUACACCGGGUGGCGUGCUAAGUUCUAGGUGUUGCACUUCGAUAGAGGUGCCAACGCUGCCGUCUGUGGCCACUCAAGUUGCUUGGGCUGGACCCUACUGGGAAUGGCUGUGCUCUUUACACGACGGUGGUCUCAUCAUCUUUUGGAACGCGCUCACGGGGUCGGAAUUGACUAGGAUCGCAUUUCCAAGCGAUGGAAGGCUCAUGGUGUCGUGUGGGCGGCAGGACAUGGAGGUCCGGCUAUGGUGCCUGGCCCGCGAGAAGGAAGACGACGAAGGUAGCGACUUCGAAGACAUGGAAGGAGAGAACCCGAUGCCCGAGCUGAUGCGGAACUUCGUCUGCGAUCGCCCGUUGAAUUGCGUGGCGGUGCGGCCAUCGCUGACGUUCGCCGAUGCUGCUUGCGAGGACAUCUCGGCACCUGCACCAUCUUGCACUAGGUCGUUGUGA